CUCUCUCUCUCUUCUUUUCUCCUUGAGACGUUCCCUUGGCCUGCUUCUUUGGUUUGGUCACCAAUCCUUAGAUUCCAUGGAAAAUGGACCAGAACCUUCAGUUUCUUCCUGGACAUUGCCAGAGAAGAACAAGAAAAUACAACUAUUCCUGUUGAAGAAGAAAAUACAACUAUUCCUGUUGAACAAGAAAAUACAACUAUUCCUGUUGUUGGCAGAAUAAAACGACAAGGGUUCUCUGAUACUCUUUCAUCCAAUGAAUUGAGAUCUUUGAAUGCAGAGCAGGAGGAGGAGGGCCAAAAAGAGGGUGAUGAAGAAUCCUUACCGAGAGGAGUUUUAGAAGACUGUUCAAUUAGCUUAGAAUCUGAAACACUUUCCUAGGACAACAAUUCAAAUAGUUUAGAAUCUGAAACAGCUUCCAGGGCCAGCACUUCAGGCUCUGAAGGCCAACUGAACCCAUUAGUUGCUACUCACUGGCGUGACUUCUUUCGGGGACUUAAGAAGGGAGCUGCAAGACGCAUUCAAGCCUUAUCUCCUCCUAAAAAACAUGGCCCCAAGCUCACCAGAAGUAAGACCAAAAGAAUUAGAGAGGAAUUGAUUCCAGUUAUAAGUUCUCCAUUGGAUGCUGAUCUCUACUGUCUUAAAUCGUCCUGGCAGAACUUUUCACUCUCAGAAAUCAAAACUGCAACCAAUAAUUGUAGUCAUGAGAAUUUGAUUGGAGAAGGAGGCUAUGCUGAAGUUUACAAGGGGCAAUUACAAGAGGGGCAGCUUGUUGCAAUAAAAAGGCUAACCAGAGGUUCCCCAGAAGAGAUGACUGUUGAUUUCUUAUCGGAGCUUGGCAUUAUGGUUCAUGUUGAUCAUCCCAACAUUGCUAAAGUGAUUGGCUAUGGAGUUGAAGGGGGAAUGCAUCUUGUGCUUCAAUUGUCUGCUCAUGGAAGCCUUGCAUCUAUACUUUACGGCCCAAAGGAAAAACUGGACUGGCCAAUCAGACACAAAAUUGCUGCAGGAACUGCUGAUGGUCUUCAAUAUCUGCACGAGGGCUGCCAAAGAAGAAUUAUUCACAAGGAUGUCAAGGCUUCUAAUAUAUUGCUCACUGAGGAUUUCGAGCCUCAGUUAACUUGGAACUCCAUAUUUGUGCAGAUUUCUGAUUUUGGGCUUGCAAAAUGGUUACCUGAGCACUGGACUCAUCACACUGUAUCAAAAGUUGAAGGGACAUUUGGUUACCUUCCUCCCGAGUUCUUCAUGCAUGGCAUAGUAGACGAAAAAAUAGAUGUUUAUGCUUAUGGGGUAUUACUAUUAGAGCUCAUUACUGGAAAGCAAGCAAUUGACUGUUCUCAGCAAAGCCUUGUGAUGUGGGCUAAACCUUUGCUUGUGAAGGACAGGAUCAAGGAGCUCGUGGAUCCAACCCUUGCAGAUGCAUAUGAUGAGGAACAAAUGGAAAUUUUGGCCCUUACAGCUUCUUUCUGUAUAUAUCAAUCUUCAAUGCAACGACCUCACAUGAACCAGAUUGUAGAGAUUUUAAAAGGAAAUAAAGACAUUUUGGAAGAGGUAAAAGACCUCCAGAACUCUAUACACCAAAGGACAUACUCUGAGGAGCUCUUUGAUGCAGACGAAUACAACUCAACAAAGUAUCUAAAAGAUAUAAAUCGACAAAUGGAGAUUGUUAAUGUGAUAUCUCCAAGAUUGCAGAAGAAGUGUAAAGACAAACUGAAAACUUAGAAACCAUGUAAAAUUUUUUAACCAGUUUGUUUAUUCCAUGAAUCUGGGCUCCUGAUCGUCCCACAAGCGAAAUAUGGAGUUAAAACCACAGGACUACUACAACAGUUUUGAAGAGACAAAAGGAGCGGAAAGAGCAAUGCACUGCAGUGCAUACCAAUUGGUGUAUCAGCAAGUGGAUAGUGUAAGAUUUAUUUGUUUUGCUAUGAAGUUGAAUAUAAAUGUAUAAUUUUGUAAUAGAAAAUUUCCAAUUUCCAUU